GCUCUCCCCUCCUUCACCUUCCACCCUUUGCAUUUGUGCAAACGACUCUAAUCAUUUUCAUCAUGUCAGAUGGUAUCGGUAUCGCAAAUCUGCCAAAUCAAAGGCAUAAGAUCACAAGCCAGAGAGGCGCACAUUUCACUAUCAUGGUUGUUGGGCAAUCUGGCUUGGGAAAAACGACGCUUAUAAACACCCUCUUUGCGACUGAAAUCUGCUCGCCGAGGAAUUAUCGCCAACGGUUCGCAAAACAGCUGGAUAAAACCACAGAGGUUGAAAUUUUAAAGGCUGACCUUGAGGAACGCGGUUUCAAUAUUAAAUUAACAGUCAUUGACACUCCCGGAUUUGGCGACUAUGUCAAUAAUCGCGACUCAUGGGGCCCUAUUGUUGACUUUAUUGACGACCAGCACGAAUCUUAUAUGCGCCAGGAGCAACAGCCUUUCAGAAAAGAGAAGCAGGACUUGCGGAUCCAUGCGUGUCUGUAUUUCAUCAAACCGACUGGUACCACGUUGAAACCACUUGAUGUGGAGAUCAUGAAGAAGCUUGGUACACGAGUAAACCUGAUCCCAGUCAUCGCCAAGGCAGAUACUAUGACUCCUGAAGAUCUCCACAACUUCAAAACCAUUGUCCGUGAAACGGUCAUUGCACAAAAUAUCUCCGUCUACACUCCGCCUGUAGACCUCGACGACGAAGCUGCGGCUGAGCAUGCGCGAGCAAUGCAAGCUGUUAUGCCUUUCUCAAUCAUUGGUAGUACUCAGGAUGUCACUACGCCUGACGGACGGGUGGUCAAGGGUAGAGAGUAUUUGUGGGGUGUAGCCGAAGUUGAGAAUGAAGACCACUGCGACUUUAAAAAGCUCCGAUCCCUUCUUAUCCGCACAUAUAUGCUUGACUUGAUUACCUCCACGGAAGAAAAGCACUAUGAAGCCUACCGCCUCGCACAAAUGGAAACUCGCAAAUUUGGCGAACCAAAGGUUAAAAAGUUGGAUAACCCAAAGUACCGCGAGGAAGAGGAAACAUUGAGGAAGAGGUUUACUGAACAGGUCAAGUUGGAGGAGGCCAGAUUCAGACAAUGGGAGCAACAUCUUAUUGCCGAGAGAGAUCGUUUGAACAAGGAUCUCGAGCAAGCCCACAGCGCUAUCAAAGCUCUUGAGGCUGAACUGGACCAGGUGGCUGCCUACCAUCGUCAAGGGGGGACUGUAGGUCGACGUUGAGCCAACGCUGGGAGAAGGUCGUGUGUGGAAGUUGUGUUUAUUGCAGAGACUUUGAAACUUCAGCAUGUCUUGUCUAUGUUUAUGAUUUUUAUGCCCCUUUCUCUUAACCCUGAACCGCCGAGCUGGAUGCCCAAUGCGCACUGAUGAACUGUUUUUAUUUUCGUUAUUCCCCUUCGAAAAAGCAACAAUGAAAUCCGUAUCUCGCUAUCAGCUAGAAUGUCCCAACGAUAGAAUCUGUAAAGGGCAAGAUGUAUACAUGUCUAGCUGGAUUUACAAGACAAAGUGAC